AUGGCGUCGCAAGCACUGUUCUCGUUCAACUUUUCAGAGCAUGUACGAGGCGAAGGCUCCUGGCACGACGUCGCAACCAAGAUAUGCAAGCAAGUGGCCGUGGACCCCAACAUGACAGUGCGAGAUCUUGUGGCGCUGCACUUGGAAGACGUCGCAGCACGUGUUCGACAGACGGAGCCCGUAGGGAUGGACAAUCAGCACGAUCAGUACGUCGAGCGUGGACAUGGAGUUCAAGCUGUCGUCCAAGAAGCACUUGCACGGCACGUACUUCACGAUGCCAAUCCUGUCGUGGAUCUCUUUUCCAUGGACGCGUUUGUUGCACGAUUGUCGUCAUUGAAAGAAGCAUUUCCUCCGGCGUGGUUGCAUGCGUUAGCGAUCAAGGCGAACCCGCUGUCGGGCAUCCUGGCAGCAGCCAAACCCUUGGGCAUGGGCCUUGAGACCGCAUCCGUUGCUGAAGCCAGGCAUGCCCUGAAUCUUGGGUAUGCCCCGCGCACGGUGAUCGUCGAUUCGCCGUGCAAAACAACCGAGGACUUGAAGUUUUUCCUGCAGCAAGGAUGUUAUCUCAAUCUCGACAACGUGGACGAAAUUCACAAGGUUCACGCUUUGCUGGCUGGGGCAGUCCCCGAUGCCCUCAUUGGGUUGCGCAUCAAUCCCGUCGUGGGGGGCGGGGCGAUUGCUGCCUCCAGCACGGCGACCGUCUCGAGCAAAUUUGGCAUACCGUGGACGGCCGACACGGAUGCCGAUCUCAUCGCUUUGUAUCGGGAUCAUGCGUGGUUGCAGGGGGUGCAUGUUCAUGUGGGCUCACAAGGAUGCCCUCUGACGUUGCUCGUGGCUGGAGCUCACCGCGCAGUGGCCUUUGCCAAACAGAUCAAUCAGACCCUAGGACGUCGCCAAGUCAAAGUGGUCGACAUUGGUGGCGGGGUGCCAACCGCGUACAACGGUUUGGCCAAAGAAGCGGUCGAGUUCUCCGAGUACGCCACUCUGCUCCUCGCCUCCGUUCCAGAACUGUUUUCGGGCGAGUUUCGCGUCGUGACCGAGUUUGGGCGAAGUGUGUUUGCCAAAGCCGGGAUCACACUGUCUCUUGUUGAAACAGUCAAGCAUAUGAACGGCCAAAACAUUGCGGUCGUGCACUGCGGUGCGAACCAGUUCCUACGUCCGGUGUACCUCCCCAAGACGUGGCCGCACGUCUUUUCGGUCUUUAACGCGCAUGGGGCGUUGAAAUCAGGCAACAUGGUGGCGCAAGACAUUGCCGGGCCGCUGUGUUUUUCUGGCGAUGUCCUCGCCCGCGGCGUCCUGUUGCCGCAAAUCGAGGCAGGCGACUACGUGGUCAUGCAUGACACUGGCGCGUACAACAUGGCCAUGUAUUCCAAGUUCAACAGCAUUCCGGCGCCGGCGGUGUAUGCCUAUCGAAGCGAUGGAAACUGCGCCAUCCAGUUCAGCUUGGUGCGCGGGCGAGAGACUGUGGCAGAGACGCUGGCCUUUUGGGGUCCGCCGAGGCCGCUGGAGUGGCCAGGUUUCCUGAACCAACAAAACUCGCAACUGAAAAUGUGGCGAGUGCCGCGGCGCGCGCUCGUGACGGCCGUGGCGAAUGCCAAGACCGGAAGCAUACACGCGGGACAACGGCGGUCCAUCUCGUUGGGUGCGCUUCGUUCGUCUUUUUCAACGUUUCCGCACACUGUGAUUGACGAUCAGCUCGACAUCAAGGCGCUUACAAACGUCAACGCGAUUGUGGCUGCAUUCGAACCGUCGCCACUUCCGUCAGACAACGCAUUUCAUCGUUGGGUCGAUGAACACGUGCCAGCAACUUCAAGCGACAAACCGUUGACCAAGGUAUCAUCACCGGUGAAAGACAUGAAGCAGUCCUCAGAUUUCAUGCAGGAAGAGUUUGACGCAGUUGUCGCCGAGGCCAUCACGACGCUGGCCACUUUGGAAGCUACUGCCUGGGACAGUGACGCCAUCAGCGACCAAUACGUCGACGUGUCCGACGCCAAGUACCAACAGCGCAUUGCGUACGCGCUCGUCAAGUACAAGUGCAAAGAUGCCGCAAGGUACUUUACCUUGCUCGACAAGGAUCGCCAAGGCGUGAUUUCAGCUGGCAAGUUGCGCGACCUCCUUCUUGUGUAUGCCCAGGCCGCGCCCGACGAGUGGCUUUCACAUAACUUUGACGUGUUGGACUCGGAUGGCGACGGUCUUGUGUCGGAGGCAGAGAUGCAGCAACUUCUCCUCAACAUCCUCGGCGUGCAAAAGAGCGUACUGAAGGAUCUUCUCGAACAACAUACCAAGCACUGGACGGCCAAGCACUCGAAACAGUUUUCGAAACUCGUGUUGGAAUUUGAGACGACGUUGAAAGUGUCCGAGAAGAUUCGAUGCACGUGGCACUUUGCCGGCGUCCCGCCGAUUCCGGAAGAAGACAAGUUUAAAGAUCCACCGCCAGUGCCGCCGCGCUACACCAUGUCUCUCGACGAGCUUCGCACGUCCCUGGCAGACGAGUUCCCCGAAUUCCAGACGAUGCUGCCCAAGUACACCCAAGCCAUCGUGGAUGGCCGGCGCGAGUUCUACGAGUCACGCAACUCGAAACGCACAAACUACCUCCGCGGCGUGAGCUUCCUCACGUUUUGCGGCGUCGUCGACUACAUCCUCACUCUUUACGCGUAAUCGUCAAUCAAACAUGAGC